AUGUUCCGGAUAUCAAGUGAUGUUGAAGAAGCUCCAGUGCUUAUUGAGACUUUUGGGUUAGCAUCUAUAGAUUAUCUCUCAUUGAGCGCUCGUUCGUUUGUGGGGACGGAGGACACCAGGGAGGAUCCUACGCUGGAAAAUCUCUCUAUCUUAGAAACAACGGGGAAUUCCUUAGAUACCACUUCACUUCCUAAAGCCUUUACAGAUGCAUUCACCAUUACCCGACGCCUAGGAUUUGAAUACAUCUACAUCGUCGCUCUCUGUCACGUGUCAGACGAUCCCCUCGAUCUUAUAUCAAUCUUCGCCCAAGCAACUCUCCUUCUUUCCGCUGAUAACGUAAGUUCUCCCACAGAUGGCUUAAUCCAAGAUCGAGCAAUUUUCAAUUCUCCUCCCCUUGGUACCAACAAAGACCGUCAUCUCCGUCUAAGCUGUCUUCGCAAUCACGCCGAUCUCGGUUCCUCUCCUCUUUCGACAUCCGGCUGGGCAUUUAUUGAACGGGUCCUCGCUCCGAGAGUGUUGCAUUUCACUAAACGUCAGUUGAUUUGGGAGUGCUCUGAUGGAUGGAACUUCGAAGCGUCGAAUGUGGAAGAUGCGCAAUAUGGGAGUGGGAUGAUCAGAGGAACGUAUCAGAAAAAACUGACGCAGCCCUACAUCACGGAAUAUCUUUCUCGAGGAGCUAGAAAUGUCUCAAACCCCAGUCCACAGGAUACCACUCAGACAUCGACUCUCAACGACUAUGCACAGAGAUUAGAAGUCUGGUACCAACUCAUCGACACCAUCUCCCGCACCACCUUUCCCUCUCACCUCGCUAAAUCCAACGCACUCUCGCUCCUCACAAAAAUCAUAGAUAAUAACACAUUCGGCACAAACCCCUCUAGAAUCUUCACCACAAAUAUCGCAUGCGGACUUGCAUGGAGCCGCGUAAACGCACUGCUAACACCAAAUCGUGACGCCCAUGCCCCAAGCUGGAGUUGGGAGAGUGUACAGAGAUCGAUUUCCCACACGUACACGAGCUAUGCCCCUUCCAUCCUUCAUGUACACUCGACCCACGCAUCCUAG